AUGUCGGUUAUUGAGAUAGAAUCUGAAGAGCAAUUCACCAAAAUCACUCAGGAUGAAGCUUCCAAAUUGGUUAUAAUCUAUUUCCACACUCCUUGGGCUGGUCCUUGCCAGCUUAUGGCUACUGUCUUCAAGACAUUGGCUGAAGCUAACCCCGAAUCUGUAUUUAUAUCUGUCAACGCUGACGAUCACGCCGAGAUCAGUGAACUUUUCGAAGUGUCAGCUGUUCCUUUCUUCGUUCUUGUGAAGGACUCCACCAUAUUGAAGGAAAUAUCUGGUGCUGAUGCCAAGGAGCUUGUUGCUGCUGUGAAUGAAUUCACCAAGAAAGAUGCCGAUCCUGCAUCUAAUGCCUCUAGCUCUACCACUCCAACCACCACCCCAGUGGCACCUAUUGCAGCAGCAGCAGCUUCUUCUUCUUCUUCCAAUGGUGCUGCUGCCCCUGCGAAGGAAGAGUCUAAAGACGAGCUUAAUGCAAGGCUUGAAAAGUUGGUCAGUGCUGCCCCAGUUAUGCUCUUUAUGAAGGGCUCUCCAUCUGCGCCACAGUGUGGAUUCUCCCGUCAGCUUGUAGCAAUCUUACGUGAACACCAGGUUAGAUUUGGGUUCUUUGACAUCCUCAAGGACGACUCGGUCAGACAGGGUUUAAAGGAGUACUCAGACUGGCCAACUUUCCCCCAAUUGUACAUGAAUGGAGAGCUUCAAGGUGGAUUGGAUAUCAUAAAGGAAUCUCUUGAAGAAGAUCCAAAAUUCUUUGAGGCCACUACCGCAUAA